GUGAAUGGAAUGCUUUCUGCAUCGAUCAGAGUAGCACACCAACCUUGUUUACUUCUACUGUACUAUCUACUAUUUGGUUUGCUCUUUAAAUCUUUGGAAGUUGGUUUCUCAUGUAUAUCCUAUGUCUAGUAUUUAUUUGCUGAUGCCAGGCUCGGUUACUUUGGCCUGUUGUGAACCCCAUUGGUGACUGUAGAUUCAUAUGCCAUGUUCUUUUCUUUGAUUUAACCUUUUCGUGAAGUCUUUAUAAGUUUUUGAGUCUAAGACAUCUUAUAUCCGAUCAAUUACCCUAGUGGAGAUGGAACUGAUACUUGGGAACAAAAAAUGGAGGCCGUAGAAAACGACCAUGGCGCCAAAAUGGAUCCCCUUUCCGCCUGCCAACCUCCAGAGCUUCCCCUCUCAAAGAAUGCCAGGAAGAAGCUACAGAAGCAACAACGAUACGAAGCGAAGAAAGCCGAGAAGAAAGCUCAGGCAAAAGAGCAGAAGAAGAAAGACAUAGAGCGAAAGCGAAAGGAAUGGGAGGAGAUGCUGGCGAGCGUUUCGGAGGAGGAGAGAUCGAAACUGAUCGAGUCUCGGAGAAGUCUGAGGAAGGAGAGGAUGGGGAAGAGGUCGGAGGAGAGGGAGAAGAAGAUGGAGAGGCUCAACAGGGCCAAAGAUUGUGGCCAGAAUAUUGUCAUCGACCUCGAAUUUUCUCACCUCAUGACCCCCUCUGAGAUCAACAGUCUUGUUCAGCAGAUAAUGUAUUGCUAUGCCGUGAAUGGAAGAUGUUCUUCUCCUGGUCAUCUCUGGUUGACUGGGUGCAAUGGAGAAAUGGAAACCCAACUGCACAGGCUUCCGGGAUUCGAUAAAUGGAUCAUUGAGAAGGAACACAAAUCAUACAUAGAGACUUUGGAAGAUCAGAAGGAGAAUUUGGUGUAUCUCACAGCAGAUGCGGAAACUGUGCUUGACGAUCUUGAUCUAAAGAAAAUAUAUAUUAUUGGUGGGUUAGUCGAUCGCAACAGAUGGAAAGGGAUUACCAUGAAGAAAGCACAAGAACAGGGAAUUCAAACAGCAAAACUUCCAAUUGGAAGUUACUUGAAGAUGUCUAGCUCUCAGGUCCUGACUGUGAAUCAAGUCUUGGAGAUUCUGCUCAAGUAUUUGGAAACAAGAGAUUGGAAGGCUUCUUUCUUUGAGGUUGUUCCUCAAAGAAAAAGAUGUGAGGCUGAUUCUAAUAGUGACCCUGCUGUAGAUGAAGAAAAUGGAGAGAAAGAUGGCGAGCACGAGACGAAGAAGACGAAGUGUGAUGAAAUAUCUUCAAGUAACCAGUAAUCCAUAUUUUGUGUCGACUCAAACGAAAUGUGAGAUCGAAAUUUAUAUUUCCGUAGUCUAAAUUUUAGGUUCUUGUUAGUUGAAAACAUUCGAUUUUUUCACCAUUUUGAGUUUACGAUGCUUACAACACAUUGAAAAAUGAAGAUGAAAUUUUCAGAGUAAUAUGAAAUUUUUUUUAGGGCU